AUGGAAGGACAUGAGCUGGCGUCGAGCCAUUCUACGAACACUAUGGGAGACUUCAGUACUGAACAGAAAGUAAAUGAAGUAAAUUCUUUUGAAGAGAUUAAAAAUGUUAGUGUAGACAAAGGCAUUUUAUCAGAAGAUAAUAUUGAUUUUCCUGAAGGUGGCUUUCAGGGUUGGUUAACCACCUUUGGAUCGUUUUGCGGCUUGAUAGCAGUUUUUGGUAUAGAAAAUGUUACAGGUAUUUUCGAAGAAUAUUUACAAACACAUCAACUAGCAGAGGUCAAUUCCUCCAAAAUUGGUUGGAUCUUCUCCAUUUUCCCUUUCAUUUGUUCUGUCUCAGGAAUCUUCAGUGGUAUCUAUUUUGAUAGAAACGGUUUCAAAAAGAUUGUAAUUAUAGGGACAAUUUUGCAUGUAGGUGGUCUCUUUGCAAUGGCUAACUCGGCCAAAUACUGGCACUUUAUAUUAUCGUUCUCUAUCAUUUGUGGAUUUGGUAAUGGUUUAGCACUGAGUCCCUUGAUCAUUUGUCCUUCACAUUAUUUCAAGAGAAGAAGAGGUUUGGCCAUUGCCUGUGGUAAUUUAGGGAGUUGUAUUGGGGGUGGUGUCUUUCCAUUUCUUUUAAGAAGAUUAUUUCGUAUGACUUCGGAUGAGAACGCAUAUUACGGCUUUCAAUGGGGAAUUAGAGUGUUAGCAUUCAUAAACUUGACAUUGUUGAUUAUCUCUAUUGUUUGUGCAAAGGAAAGGCUUUCUUACGCUGCUGAACUCAAGGGAAGCAAGUUCAUUGAAAGAUUCAAGAAGGUUUCAAAAAUAUACGCGCUACAGAGUUUUGACGCUAAAGGCUUAGUUGAACCAUUAUUUUUAUCAUGUGUGGUAGGCUUUGCCCUUUGUGACACGUGUUUGAACGUUGCAACAACUUACUUUACUACAUAUGCUACUACUCGUGGCAUAAGUGCGUCAGAUUCUAAAAAUCUGGUUUCGGUCAUGAAUUUUUGUAGUAUUCCAGGCUCUUUGAUACCAGGUAUGCUAUGUGAUGUGUUUGGAAGGUUCAACAUAAUGAUAGGAACAAUGAUUGCCCUCACACUACUCAUAUUUGUAGGGUGGUUACCAUUUGCCAAAAGUUUGGCAAGUUUUUACGUUAUCUCAGCUUUAUUUGGUUACUUACAGGGCACUAUUUAUUCCCUUCUCGUUGUGUGCUGUGGACAGGUCUCAAAAACAACAGAUUUUGGUAAGAGAUAUGCUACAAGUAAUCUAAUUGCUUCCGGUACCAUAUUAUAUGCUGUGCCAAUAGCUGGUGCAAUUAUUGGUAGUGGUAGUCAUAGAGGAUAUGAAAACUACAUAGUUUAUUGUGGGGUUCUCGCAAUAGCUGGCGGUAUUGCUAUGUUUGUAACGAGGAUCAUAGCAGUUGGUUUCACAUGGAAAAAGUACUGA